GGGUUAAACAUUAGAUCCCUUCACCACUCUGUUUCUGCCAUAGCCAAAAAUCGCAGAGAAAUUCUCAAUUUGUGAAGAAAGGAAGAAGAAGAAUUAUGCAUAAAACAGCACAAUCAUGGUUUACUGGAGGACCAAGUAACGAUCUGCAGAAGACCCCAUCGUCUCUGUUAGCUGAUUGGAAUGCUUAUGCUUCGACACAAGAUGAAGGUUCAUCGUCUGAUCUUGGGUUUGAUCUUGAAGCUGCUGUUAGAACGGCUAAUGACAAAGUUUCCGGCACAUUCAACGUGGUUACUAAAGGAGUAAAAAACUUACCAGGAAGCUUCCAAUCCGCAACCAGCAAUGUUCCUUCUGGGAAGUCCCUCAUGUACUUUGGCUUAUUUCUUGCAGCUGGUGUUUUCUUCAUCUUCAUUGCAUUCACUAUGUUCCUCCCUGUCAUGGUGUUGAUGCCUCAGAAAUUUGCUAUCUGCUUCACAAUUGGUUGUGCAUUCAUUAUAGGCUCGUUCUUUGCCCUCAAAGGUCCAAAGAAUCAGCUUACACACAUGACAUCAAAAGAGAGGCUUCCUUUUACAGCGCUUUCUAUCGGCAGCAUGGUAGGGACUAUUUACGUCUCUAUGGUGCUUCACAGCUAUAUUCUUUCUGUACUCUUCUCAGUGAUACAGGUGCUUGCUCUAUCUUAUUAUGUUAUCUCCUAUUUCCCUGGAGGUUCAGCUGGGAUGAGAUUUCUUUCUUCAACCCUUACAUCCUCUAUUUUCAGAUGUUUUGGAAGGUGACAACGUCGCAGCACCCUCACAAAUUUCCCUACUUUUCGAGAAUAGCGUAAGUCUGACAACAGUAUGUGUACUCUUCAUGAAUUGAUUGAACGAUAAAUGAUGAGUAGGGAAUCAAGAUUCCAUUUUUUGGUACAUGUUCUUGCCUUAGUUUUCGCAUUUUAACUCGAUUGCUAUGUAGCUGGAGUAGUUGUUAAUACUGUUAUGAUGUUUGUAAGACCAAAAUCUAGACGUGUUGCUUUUUGGAGGGAAGAAAUAGAAAUUUAUUUCGCAUUUAG